UGCUCUUCUGCUCUGUCUGCUCCUCUCAUGGAGCAGAGAGUGCAGAGGGAGCAAGAUUCAUGUUUAUAUUCGUAGGUACACUCCAGAUUACAACCCACUUCUUGGAAUUUACUACUGGUUGUUCCCAACAUUGAACUCUUUCUACCCUACUACUCACAUGUGCAAACCCUUUCGGGAAACUGUUAUCGCCGCUGGAGCCAGACCCCUCAGAAAUCGAUUCCCGCAUGCGCUGCUACCACCCUCACUCACAUCUCAAUGCUGCUUUACUCUAAUGGUGGAGUAUUCAUACCUUGGUGUAGUUUUUACACCCGCCCUUCCUCUUCUAGCGCCCAGCCCACCCCGAAACAGGCGCUUCCCAACAGCAGGUCUCACUAGUCAGCGACCUGCUAUCCUACCUGGCCGAGUAUGAGGUCCUGAUCUGCAGGGAGCACGGCGCCGUACGAAAUUCAAACAGCCAUCCGCGCGACCAUCAUUCUGCCGGCACGAAAUCUCAAGUGCUCUCAAGUGCCCACUUGGGUAAAAACGGUAUGUCGCUGGCGUUAAGCGGCCGUUGUAGCAAUAACCGGUUUAAGGAAUGAGGAAGGGAUGAUUUCAUGCGCUUAGUACCUCAACCUUAAACCUGACAUCCUGAACGUAAAGAAGCUCUUGCGACUAGUACGGCAGUUUCACCGUGCGUGCGCACUCUGCUGCCGCGAGCUUCUUACAGCGGCUGGCACUGUGUAGCGUGAAACUGAACUGAACGUUAGGUUUUAUGUUAUUCCUCCUAGCGUUAAGGAAAAGUUGGAAGAGCAGCUAGUAUGACUUUGUUCACCGCAUUUGCCCCAUGCAUUCCCAAAGGGGUGCUGUCGACGUUUCCUUGACAAGUGCAGAAAAAGAGAGACACAACUUUCUCCUUUGCACUGACUCAAUAAGCUGAAGGGCUGGUCGGGCUAUACGACUAAUCCAACCUCUACCACCACUCAAUCUCCAAAGUCCAGCAAGAAUAGCACGACCCAAGAGUUCUCAAGCCUAGGUGGGGCCGAAAUGUGCAAUGAAGGCUAAGCUUUGCCGAGGCUGAUAUUGAAGCCUUGGGAGGCGGGAACAUCAGAAUCUUAGCCUAAGCACAUUUUCAUCCCCUGUAAUUCCUGACCGUUUGAUUGACAGACAUGUGUCACGAUGCGGAAACACUAGACAUAAGCUUUUCUUAACUCCCGGCGUUUCGCAACAUGAACUGAAAACAUUGUUGUUUGCCACAAAAGCCACGAUGCAUUGGUUUGUCGAAUGUCACUAUGUUUCAAGAUUUUCUAUACGUCUCUUAUACCUUCCUUCCCUGCCUUUUCUUAUCGUUUGUUCAAUGCGAUGAUGCCUGGGAUCGGGAGAGUUGUUGCUGUUUAGAUGUUGACAAAAGAGAACACAGGAAAUGCUCAUGGAAACCAGCGUCGUU